UCCGCCUCCACCACCAUUCUUCCCCCCCAGCCAGCUCCCAGCACCCCCAACCCCAGCGCGCUGCUGGCCAUCCCCCCAUCCCUCACCCCCACGCCCCAGAUCCGUCGCCCCGAUGCGCAAUAGGAGCAGUUACUAGCCCGGAUGUGUCGCCGGGAGCCUACCACCCCGGCAUCCCCCUCCGGUGAGCUCGCCACGGGAUCCGGGCCUCCCCCGACCCGCCUCGUGACCUACCUCCCCCGCGCUGGCCCGCACCACCUCCGUCCAGCCGUCGUCCCCCAGCACACGCGCCGCCGCCGCAGACCUUCGGAUCUUGGCCGCCGCCCAGCCCACCGCGCCACACCGGCACCUCCCCGGUCAUCUACUUCCUCGCGGGCCGCAUGGCGGGUCGCUCGAUCUGGCCCGCACCACUUCUGCGUCCCUCCGGUGCCGCCUCUCCCGGAUGGAGGUCUACCUGCGCCGCACCUGGGGACACAGAGGAGGCGGAGGCUCUAAGCCGCUAGCCUUCCCCACCUGCAGCACCUGGGGAGUGAGCAGCACGGCAGCUAGGAGAGCAGCGAGAGCACCACCGCUCCUCACCUCCCUCGCUUGAUUCUUGCAGUUCGGUCGCACACACCCAUGCGGUUUGUCCCUGCUAGCACCCAUGUUGUCUUCCUACUGAUGGCGAGCAGUGCAGAUAAAAUAUCGUUGCAGGUAGUUGUGGUCGUCGAUGUAGUUCGCACGCACAUGAUGGCGUGACGGCGUGCAGUUCCGACGAGUCAACCCACCUCCUCAUGUCCCCCGAAUCGGAUACGACAAGCUCUAUCACCACGCGCCGGCGGCCGGAUCCCCACCUGCGCGCGUGCAGCCGGACUCCUUCCUCCACCGCAAAUCUGACCCCCGUCGCCUCCUUCUCAUUCAGUGCGUUGAUGCAGUUCGUUGAGGGUGAGCCCUCGCAGUCUCCGGCAUGUGUCGUGCAGUGCGGUGCACGCGUUCGUGCAGUCCGGUGGCGGUGCCGAUGUAAGAAGUGCGGUGAGCAGUUUGUCGCCAAUCAACCCCUCCUACUCUGUUCGAGCUCCUUGCCGUGGGCUCCUCAAUGGCGCCGGAGUGGACGGAUGAUGGGUCAGGAUGGCGAUGGCUCCGGUUGCCCAGGGCGAGGGCCCCCUCUCUCCAGCUCACUAAAGUUUGUGUCGGUGUACAAAAAUAGGGACACGCUUUUGUACCCCUUUACUUGUGCACGGGCAGUCGGAGCCGCGUCCACGACCACAUCAAGCAGAACAGGGGAGGUGAGCCAAGGUAAGACUGAAGCCCAAGACAAUCAAAGCAACGUCAAGGCCAAGACCACAAAGAGCAGAGGGACGAAGCAGGUUCCCCCGGCAAGACCCUUGCCGGGACAGCUCGCCCCGCACCAACAAAGCGAGCCACCCUUGAGCCCACGCCCCCCAGCGCCAUCAUCAACGUGGGGCCACGGCUCGGGAAGGCACCUCUGUGGUGGCAUCCAGAUCUUUGUGAAGACAUAUUCAAGAUCAGAUGAGGAUUAGAAGACGACGAUUCUCGGCAAGAUCCCUGCCGAGGAAGGCCAUCAGACCCCCGGCAAGGACCUUGCCGGGGACGACAGCACACCACGGCAAGACCCUUGCUGGGCCACCCGGCAAGGCCCUCGCCAAGGACGCCAGCGGUGCCACUGCCAAACCCGCGCCGGACAAGCUUCCAUCACCGUUCACAUGCAGCUGCUAGCCCAACCAGCUGGACGGGCACCUGCGUGGCAACAUGCAACUCUCAGGCCAAUUCAUCGAGCGCCUGCGUGGCGGAAUGCAGAUCUUCGUGAAGGCUCCGCCACCGCUCCACCUCAGCUGCCCGGCUGCCUACAUGGCACCACGCACCUCAUUGGCCAGGGCG